CGGUUUUACUUGCACUGCAGUUGUAGUUGUAACAAAUGUGAUCAAGCCGAAGGAAACGACUGUAAAAAACUGGGAAUUUCCAGACCUGGGCUAUGAAGCAGACGUUGUCAGGAAUGUUUCGCGAAUUUGGUGUAAAAAAUGCAGUGAAUUUUAUAAAAAUAAUGGAAACCAAAUUUGACAGAAAGUUUUUGCUAUAAAGUAGGUAGACUCCUAUGUAAAAGGAACAUCACUUAAAAAAAAUAAUUUUCGCUACCAUCUUUCGUCCCGCUCUCACGAGACAGCUGUGCUUAGGCUUAUUGAACAGGCUCACGAAACCACCAAUGAAAGUAAUUCCGCCAGCACAUCGACUGUAGUUAGUGCCAGUGGUGGGCAAACGACGCUGCUGCCAUAUUUUAGACGAUUAAGUUCAGAUCAGCGAAACCAAAUGAUUAGAAAAUUUCAAACAGCGCACUUUCUAACAACAAAAGCAAAGUCAUUUAAACUGUACGAAGAUAUAUGCAAAUUUAAUAAAGAUAUUCUGGAUGUAGACUUAGGCUCCGCUUAUCUAGAUCGAAAGUCUGGUGAAGAAAUAACUUCCUAUCUCAGUCGAAGCAGUAGAUUAAAAUGCAUUACCAAACCGGUAAAAGAGGCAACAUUAGAUAUUAUAGUAUAUUGUCGGGUGGCAGCUCGUCAGCCAAAAUCAUGGAUGAAAAGGAGCUGUUUGUAUUUAAAUCGGCAAUGUUCGGCAAAUCCAAGUUUUCUGUUUUGUCUCUUGAAGAACCUGAGGACACUUGCGCCGAAGGUUUACAAGUCGCCAUGGACCAUGCUAUAGAGAAAAGUUCUUGGAGAAGAAGAAUCGACUACAGUUACUUUUCACCAAUACAUUGUUCAAGGGGACUUACUGGCAGCGAAAAAUAAAGUGUCCAGCGAACUGCAACAUAUUAUUGAACAAUUGGUAGAAUCAUUGGGGACAAGGUUGUCUCCUCUGUUAGAAGACCCACUGUUUAAAUCAAUUUCAAUAUUUUUGGACACGCGACAAACUUUGUCCGGUCAACAUUGAAAUUAAUAACAGACGCUAGUUUAAGCAAGGAAUACUCUACUAGGAUUGCUUUCUUUGAUUUAAUAAAACUAUAAAACUAAUCGGCGAUUACCAACUACAGUUAAAAAAAUCUCACAUGUUUCUACCUGCAACGAAUUUUAUUUGUAAUAAUAAUUACCUGGAAUUUAAUAGUGCUUUAGGAUUGUCUGAGUUUUAUAUUACGUAACACGGGUUGAAAUAUUUGUUCGUAUUGUUACGUAUUACAUUAGUCACAAUCCCUAUUAUGGCGCAAUCAAAUACCGCAAGUGCAUUUCGACAUAGCUAGUAAUGUUACGUCACAAUUGCCAUUGUCUCCGCAUAAAUGUCGGAUUUAUGAUAAUAUAAAGCUGUUUGUUACGUCAGAACUGCACGAAUAGGUAACUUACGCAUACGUUAACACGAAACAAAAUGUUACCCAGCCGGCAAAGUAAAUAAAUUCCGGAUUCCCACGCCGGCUGUUUUUUUGCCGGCAGUUUUAAAAAAAUCCGGCCGAAAAUAGGCACUGUUUACACAGCUGCCCAUGCAUUAAAGCUUAUUUUAGCUCAGUUCGAUGGGUAUACACAGCGUUCUCGUACCUUAUUCGAUGGGACAAUCGAUGGGUAUAUUUCUUGAAAGCCUACUUUUUGCUAACGCGAGUUUGGUGUACUCUCUUUAUUAGUACAUUAAAUUUAGAUUAACAAACAAUAUUGCUGCUAAACAGACGAGGAUUUUUCGCUGUAUCGCAUUCUAAACAAUGUAAGCCAGCAGCGCUGUUUAAUAUUUCAUUUAAAAUAUUUUCCGACGUCUAUGCUCUCGUGUAUAUAGUUCGUUUUCCUAUAUCGUUUAUAAAAAAAUUGUCUUGCGUAGAGUACAAAUAGCAUGAUAAUACUAUUAGAGGUCGACCGAUAUAUCGUUUCACCGAUAUUAUCGGCCGAUAUUUACGUUCUACCGAUAAUCGGUAUCGGUAAAAAAGCACCGAUAUAUAAAUUGUUCGAGCGAUGUGCGUAUGCGAAUAUAACGAAGAGAAGAGAGAGGGGAAAAGGCUAGAGAAAAAAGAAAAAGGCGCCGUGACGUUGAAGCGUAAGCGCGCGAAACAAACCACGCGAAAUAGAUUACCGCAUAUCGUUAGUAUAAUAAAACUUGCAAGAUGAGUGCCAUUGCGAAAGUUUCCUCUAGCAAAGUUUGGGAUUAUUUUAAUGUUUCGGAAGGUUCAGUUAAGUGCCAACUGUGUAAGAACUUGGUCAGUCAAGGUUCCACUUCUUCUGCUCAGAAAAAUACAAGUAACCUAUGGUCACAUUUGCGUAGUAAGCACAGAGAAGUAGAAGUGUAUGAACAAGCGCACUGCCAUAAAAUAGGCAAAAGUUCAAAGGUCGUGCAGCCUACACUGUUUCAGUCGUUUGACAAUAGUAGAAAGUGGUCUAAUACAGAUGGUCGGUCCAGAAAUUUGGAUAAGCUGAUAAUUGAGAUGAUAGCUACAGAUAUACAGCCAUUUUCAGUCACAAAUGACAUAGGAUUCAAACGUCUUCUGGCGACUGCAGAGCCAAGGUACAAUCUUAAAGAUGAAAAGUAUUACAGAACAGAAAUGUUGCCUAAAGUUCACCUGAAAGUUGUUGAUAAAAUUAAAAAUAUGCUCAAAGAAGAAAAUGCAGGAGAGAGUUUGUCAUUUACUACAGAUUGUUGGUCAGGUUCAACUGAAUCUCUUAUGAGUUUAACAGCUCAUUUUAUUGACAAUCAAUGGAAGAGAAAGCAACUAGUUUUGUCAGUAAAGUCAAUGUCGGAGUCUCACACAGGAGAUUACAUAGGUAAAGUGUUCUUGGACAUUCUUAGCCAGUGGGAAAUUGACAGAAGUCGUGUGUUGCUUGUUUUACGUGACAGUGGUGCUAAUGUUGUCAAAGGCAUGAGGGUAGCAGAUGUUUCAGAUUUCAGCUGCUGUGCACAUACCAUGCAAUUAAUAAUAAAAGAGGGUAUAGAAUCUCAAAGAGUCGUAAUUGAUAUUGUGGCAAAGCUUAAACGCUGUGCCACACACUUCAAUCAUUCAACACUUGCAAAGAAACGGCUACAUGCAAUUCAAAACCAAGUUGGUUUGCCGGUUCAUUCAAUUAUACAGGCAAUCCCAACAAGAUGGAAUUCAACUCUACAUAUGUUGCGUAGGAUGUUGGAACAGAAGCAUGCUCUCAGCAUAUAUGCAAGUGAGUAUGGUCAUUUUAGUUUACCAAAUACAUAUGAGUGGGAACUUGUCGCCAAAUUAGUUGCUUUAUUGAUACCCUUUGAGACGAUAACGUUGGAGAUUAGUCAUUCUGAAGCUUCCGCAUCAUGCAUACUACCCAGUAUUGCAGUACUUAAAGCUCUUCUACAAAGUGAUAAUGAAGCAACAUUUGGGAUUGGUACUAUAAAAGGAACCAUGUGUGAAAGCCUGUUAAGAAGAUAUUGUAAUGUUGAAAAUGUUAAACCAGUGGUGAUUGCUUGCCUCCUGGAUCCCCGAUUCAAAGACAAACCAUUUUCAUCAGAGAUUGUCUUAGGUAGAGCUAAGGAUUGGUUAAUUAAUGAAGUUAAGGAACAAGACCAAGGAGAAGAACCAGUGGCAGCAAAGAAGCAAAAACAAUCCAGUGAUAGUGAGAAUGACCUAUUGUCCAAUUUGUACAAAAAUGUCUUAGGUCAAGGAUCUACUGAUAACAAUGAGUGUGAAUCAACAGAUGUUCAAACAGAAAUUAAUAAAUAUCUUUCAGAACCACUUAUUGAUCGGUCUACCGGACAUCCACUGGAUUGGUGGAAAAAUAAUGAAACUCGUUUUGUCAUUCUAGCCAAACUAGCUAGAAAAUAUUUAAAUCCACCGCCUUCUUCUGUGCCAAGUGAACGAGAUUUUAGCACAAUUGGAAAUAUAUAUGAAGAUAAAAGAAGCCGCCUCACUGGCGAACACGCAGAACAACUUUGUUUCCUGUACUAUAACUUGCAUUUGCUCGAAUACAAUUAUUAAAUCAGAUUUAGAUUGAUUAUUUUCAUUUGUUUCGCUAGUGUAAAAAUAUCGGUAAAAUAUCGGUAUCGGUGAAAGCUAAAAAUAUCGGUAUCGGUAUCGGUGGAAAAAAUUGAUAUCGGUCGGUCUCUAAAUACUAUUACAAACUAUGCGUGCGGUUUAACUUUAUAACUGAUUAGCUGAAUCACUGAUUAGUGAUUAUGUCAGCGAACCAUUGUACGAAUGCACACAGUAUUUACGAAAGUCGUAAUUUUCGCGGAAAUUUGUGACGUCAUAAUUUGCGGUCGGCGGAAAUUAAAAAAAUAGAACACUGGGUGUGCGAAGACCACAGGGCAUUAAUUACCCUGCCAAGUUGGCAAAACAAUCUUUCAGUAGCACCCCAUCUUUAUCUGUAGAAAACGAUUCAGAAACUGAUGAUUUGUGGUCGUCCUUUUCGGAUGAAGAUUUUUUGGGGUUUUAGAAACUUUUGAAUUUUAAAACCCUUUUCCAUUGUUUCUUUUUUGCGUUCUUUCGUUUUUGCGCUCUUUUGUUUGGUGUAUGAACGUAGUGUAGGCGAGUUCGUUAGUAACUUUUAUUUUUUUAUGCCGAGUUUGUGAUUAAACGCCAGUCUGUUUCUACCCUAAUAAACUCUGUUAUGAUUUACCUGUUUAAGAUGAAUAAGAUUUAUACCAUCACGUUGUUGUUGUUUGUGAUAACUGGUCCGGUGGUAAUAAGAAACCGUAACUAGUUAAAAAAAGAAUUUUGUGAUCAGAGACGCGCGCGCGACAUCGUGUCAGUGACACCACGCCCUGCCCACGUCUUUUAUAUCCUCGGCAUAUUGCCGACGUAUUUUAAAAAUUCGCCGAUUUAACAUCCAACUUCACACUAAAUACAAAAUUUUGAUCAUUCGAAAUAAUUUAGUUUCGGGGAGCAACACUUGCCAAAAAAAUCCACAAGUGUGCAACAAAAGCUCUCUGUGUACUACUGCCCUUUGCAAUAUCGUAUCUGUGUAAGACUGGGUUUUGUGAGGUAGCGUCAAUCAAAACUAAAUAUCGAUCAUGCUUGGAUAUAGAACGAGAAAUGCGUGUGUGCAUUUCAACCAUUCCACCGCGAUUUAAAAAGGUGUGAUCAGAGCACCAAGACCAUACUUCACAAUAAGUAGAAAAUGAACCAUAUGCCUUAAACGAACCCAAUCCUAUUACGCACUGGCGUAGAGUACGGGCGUGCGGAGUGCGACGCACUCUUGCCAAUUUAGGAAUUCGCUACUCCUGUUUAAUUAACGAAUACCGCACGCGCAUAUAAUGUCUAGAUGAUGACAAUCGACAGAUUAAUUCAUAAAGAAACGUGUUAAAAUUUGACUUAUAUUUGCGCAAUCGUGAUUAUUACAACAUAACAUCCUACUGUUUGUAAAUAUGCGGCAAAUCACCCCAUUUUACCGCUUCCUGAUUGACCAAUCAGAAACAAAGGAAUCAUGGAUUAACUAGCAUUAUUACAUGUGCUAGACCAGACGAUCGCAUAAUAUGUAUGCUUAUGGGAGUAUUUAUUAUAGCAAUGUUUAGUUUCCUUGAUUGAGAGUUGAGAGUUGCGAAUGCGCGUCAGGCAUG